AUGGUUGGUGGUGCAUCGCCCACACCUCCUGAGCGGCCGCCGGCACAGAAUGCAUCGACAGAACAACAAGCAGCGUCUUCGCCUCAGCCACAGGCGCAGGCGAAUCUGGAGCAAGGGCAACGGUCAGAGCCACAGCAGCCCCAGCAGCCACCGCAGCAGCAGGGCGGGUUGUCCAAUCGCCCCUCGACUCCAACGCCAUCCGCAGCUCAGACCACAGAUGACGCAGAUGACGCUCAGCAGAAGCAAAGUGCUGGCAGCGGUACAGACGGUCAAAAGGCGGAAAGGCCCACCACCACCAUCACCACCACCACCAAAGACCAGGGUGCCACCGAUGAGGCUGAGGAUGACAAGAGCGAUGAUGACGACCGAUGGAAAGGCAUGGCGUCGAAGAUGGGGCUGCAGCUGAACGACGUCAAGGCCAUCAUCAGAGAACUCGUCUCGAACGAGGCUGUCAUCGACUACGCAGUGCAGCAAAGCAAACGCCUCAAGCGAAGAAAGAAGAAGAAGAAAAAGGAGAUCAAGCAACAGCAACAGCACCAGGACGAGAAGGAGGAGGCGCAACAGAUGUCUGGGCAAGGGCGCUCCACUCCGAGGAACGGUGAUAAUGGUGUUGAUGAUGGCGACGAUGAUGACGAUGCCGAUGCCAGCGUGUGGGAAGAUACAGAUGAUGAUGACGACGGCGGUGGCGGUGAUGACGAUGAGGACGAUGAUGAUGAUGAUGACGACGAUGACGAUGAUGACGAUGAGUUUGAGAGCGACUCUGACGAUGAUGGAACGGAGGCGUACAGCGAGCUGAGCUUUGACGAGAACGACGACGUGCUGAACCUUCCCAUCCUGACACGCGCGCAGAAGAUGGAGAUCUUGCGGAGUCGACAGCAGCUCGAGGCGAACAAGACAGCGGCGGCAUCAUCAACAGCAGCAAGUACCACAGCGACAUCAACAACAACAGCAACAACAGCCGCAGCGACGACAGCAACAGCUGGAACUUCGAGGAAUUGA